UCAACUCGUUUCAAAAAUAAACUAGCCCUGGCUCUCGCUCUGGCUCUCCAAUGGCGGGGGGUCUCUACUCUGCUUCUCUCCGCCCAUCACCACUGGCCUCCGCCUCCUCCUCCUUCGCCUCAAAGCUCCUCCUCCUCCUCACACUCCUCCCUCUAACUCUCGCCGCCUUCGCUUUCGUCCUCCAAUGGCGCGGCGGCGUCGACGACGAUCCCGUGUCUCGUUGGUCUCCCGAGGCGUCCCACAAGUUUCCCGGGAUGGACUACACCUCUCCUCCUCUGGCCACUGUCGCCCGCUCCGACUGCGUCCUCCUCCCCGAUACCUCUUCCCCUUCUUUCCCGUACUAUCGCGAUUGGAAGUACACUUUUGAAUCCGAUCUCAAACCCAAGAUUUGUGUCACGACAAGUACAUCAGCAGGCUUAGAACAGAUUCUACCAUGGAUGUUCUAUCAUAAAGUUAUUGGUGUCACUACCUUUUUUCUCUUUGUGGAAGGGAAGGCUGCAUCUCCCAGUGUAUCUAAAGUCCUGGAAUCUAUUCCUGGAGUAAAAGUAGUGUACAGAACAAGAGAGCUAGAAGAGCAACAGGCUAAGAGCCGGAUCUGGAAUGAGACAUGGUUGUCAAGCUUCUUUUACAAACCGUGCAAUUAUGAGCUUUUUGUGAAGCAAUCUCUCAACAUGGAGAUGGCUAUUGUAAUGGCAAGGGAUUCUGGUGUGGACUGGAUAAUUCAUCUCGACACCGAUGAGUUAAUGCACCCAGCAGGUGGUCGGGAGUAUUCUUUAAGGCAAUUGCUGCUUGAUGUGCCUGAGAAUGUGGAUAUGGUUGUGUUCCCGAACUAUGAAAGCAGUGUGGAACGAGACGACAUCAAGGAGCCUUUCACCGAGGUAUCAAUGUUCAAGAAGAAUUAUGACCAUCUUCCAAAGGAUACCUACUUUGGCAUGUACAAAGAAUCAACGCGUGGUAACCCAAACUACUUUUUGACUUACGGAAAUGGGAAAUCAGCUGCUCGCAUUCAGGAUCAUCUUCGUCCUAAUGGUGCACACAGAUGGCACAACUAUCGGAAAUCCCCAAAUGAGAUCAAGCUUGAAGAGGCUGCUGUUCUGCAUUAUACAUACGCCAAGUUUUCAGACUUGACUUCCAGACGAGAUCGAUGUGGCUGCAAGCCUACAAAGGAGGAUGUUAAGAGAUGCUUUAUGUUAGAAUUUGACAGAUCUGCUUUCAUAAUUGCUUCAACUGCGACAGAGGAGGAAAUGCGAAUCUGGUACCGUGAGCACGUGGUUUGGACUGACAAAACCAUAAACAAUAAGCUGUUGAAGAAGGGCAUUUUGACUCGCAUAUAUGCUCCCAUGGCCAUCAUGCAAGGUUUGAGGGAGUCUGGUGUUUUCCGCUCUGUUAUUGAAUCGGCCCCCACAACUCUCUCGAGAGACAAGUUCUUAGCUUCCAUCGAGAGUUCUAACUCGUCUAGGGCUUCUGCAUCUCAAUCACUUCCCUCUAGAAAGAUGGGUAGAAGCGAAGUGUCUCAUGCAACUAAUAGGAGGGUUUUAGAAAGCACAGAUUCUGCGAUACAUGAAGUUGCUGUGUCACCAUUGCCUCCCCCAGGCAUGGAUGAUGAAUUGAUGUUAAUUGAAGCCUAGAUUUUCCUUGCUCUUUUUCUCUUUUACUUCCCCAGACCCCGCUCGUGCACUGGUUUUGCCCUUUUACUUGCCCUGAUAUCAUUGUUGGGCCGAAGUAGGAUAGGAAUUCCAAGUUUUAGAAAGAAGAAUAGGGAAAGUUCAUCGAAAACCACAGCAGCAGAAAUGAGACUUGUUAGCCUUUUAUAGGCUCCCAAUUUGAUGUCAUUGGUUAUUUUUCUCUUGUUGGUUUUGUAAAGAAAAGUGUGUGGUUUAAAAUUUUUUUUUUUUCCCGAUAAA